ACUGGCAGCAUUGCAGCGUACAGUAAGAAUGACUGUCCUUUAACAGACACAUCGAGCUUUGUGAGCGUUAAACAUCAGUUUAUGUUGGAACUUGCGCUUAUAAUCCUUGUAUUCAGUGCAUCCUGUGCUAAAGCUGGUGUGAAAUGAGGACAUUACAUUGAUGCUUCAAAAGCUCAUCUGAAAACACAAUGUCAGUCGGUAAGGCUGCUGUCAAGGUGCUGCAUUUAGGGAGGAUUUCCUACGGCAGUGCCUUGAAGAUACAGCAGCAGCACAUAAAGCAACAUCUGGAUUGGUCCAGCAUCAGCCCAAACACUUUAUUACUGUGUGAGCAUGAGCCUGUGUACACCGUUGGCAUCAGACAGGCUCCUUACCCUCCUGAGGAGGAGCGAAGACUGAAAGAGCUGGGCGCAGACUUCUUCCGUACCAACCGAGGAGGUCUAAUAACGUUUCAUGGACCUGGUCAGUUAGUGUGUUAUCCCGUCCUCAACCUGGGCUGCUUUAAGAAGAGUGUGAGAUGGUACGUGUGUGAACUGGAAAGGACUGUGAUCAAGAUGUGCAGCAAAUUUGGGAUCAACGCCUCCACUUCUCCAGAUACAGGUGUCUGGGUGGGCAACAACAAAAUUUGUGCAAUUGGAAUCCAUUGUGGAAGAUACAUCACCUCUCAUGGUUUGGCUCUUAACUGCAACACAGACAUGAGUUGGUUUGACAACAUUGUGCCUUGUGGGAUUGUGGGAAAAGGUGUGACCUCACUGAGCCGAGAGCUGGGACGGGAUGUCUCAACUGAAGAGGCCGUACCAAAACUGCUGGAAGCUUUUACUGAACAAUUUAACUGCACUUUAACAUAUAAUGGUAGCUUCAGUUGAAACACAUUUAUGAUUUACUACUUCAUUGUAAACAUUACUUUAAAAAAAAAAAAAUAUGUCUGCUUGUAAUGUUAUUAAAAAUAAUUGCAUUUUU